AUGGCAACAGCAUCAAGCAAUUCUGAAGCCAAAGCCGAAACAAUAUUAGAACUCGCUAAAGAACUACUGCAACACCUGCAGAACAAUACCCAUGAGGGCGCGAUCUCAAUGAGCGAUGCAUUCUACUCACUGGAUGAACAUCUUGGCCACUUUCCUCUACUCACGGCUCCUCCGAUUACUAUCCGUCGCCAAUUAGCCGCCCAUGGAGCAAGGUUGUGGAAUAUAUCUGUGCAGAUGAUAUCGAUUGUUGGAAACAUCACUCAUUUGAGCGCAAUUGCGUUAUUCAUGCUUGAUUGCGCUGCGCCAAGUCACGGCUCAGGUAUAUUAAUAUAUGAUGUGUUACAGAUUUCUGGAGAGCAGAUCCUCAUGGAAAGGUCUAGGAAGCCGAAGAGUGCUGGAAGCAGCAAUAAAAACCGUCCAAAGUUGCACAGCCAAAAGAUUAUCGAGAUAAUAGCUGUUCGCUUGGAUAGACUUGAUAGAUCGACGGAUAGCUCGGAUAAGGUGCAAAUAGCAUCAACUACGGUGGGGUAUUAUAUGGCUCGGGUCCAUUUGGCCUGGCUGCAGGGGAGGCCCGAUAUAGCAGACCAUUUGUUUUCGAAGAUACCGGCGAUAGCUACUGCAUAUGGCCAGAGACGUGUCCUUGAGUUAUGCUAUAAGAUCGGAAGUUUUGCUCUCGAUGACCGCCAAUAUGAUAACGCAGCGAAGUGGUUAGAGAGGGCCUUGUCGGCUUGGGAGCUUUACCACAGUUGUAUGGCCCAGAGCAUUGACAAUGAUGAACUACUCAUUUUACAUGCAUCUAUCCGAGCAAACCUCCAACUCGAGAGCUUAGUCGCUAAGGAUCGUCUGCAGAAAGCCCUGAACCUAAUUGAAAAGAGGUAUGCCCAUGAGUUUGCUGUCAAGGCGCUUCAACUUGAGAUUUUAAGCAGAGAAGGACACUGGAAUGGCAAUGCGUAUCUUCAAGUACUACGAGAUAUGCUAGAUAUACUGAAUCCCAACGAGGCAGAGUUAAAAACACUAGUGUUUUACCUCCAGAAAGUUCGAGAUCACGAGACAAGUUUCUAUGUGCAAGGACUGCAACAGCUUCUAGUCGAAAAGCUUGCUACUUCCGAUCAGCAAGAGUGGACUGAGCGAAUCUUCAUCCUCUUGAUCUGGACGUUGACAAAUAGUCGCCUCCCCAUGCCGAACAGUAGCAAUAUUUUGUGUGAUACGACGAAAAGAAUAUCCAAGUGUGGUCGAGGUUUCUUGAGCGAGGACGCCACAAAUGCUUGCCUGAUUCUCAUAUGGAAAUACGUCGAUAUAGCAUCGUCCGAAGGCAAUCUCCGUGUUGCAGAACACUGGUGCUCCUUGGUACUCGAAGAAGCGAUGUUUCAACGUUCUUCAGAAAAUAAAACGAUAUUCGUCAGAAGAUAUAUAGAAUGUGCAUCGGAUACUCCAAAUGUGUCCGCGGCGUACAAGCUACUGGGCAAUAUGGCAGAUGAGUACAGGAAAUGCCCUUCAGCGCUAUACCUGAUUUAUAAGGCGGCAUUAAAUAACAAAGACUUUACUCAGGGGCACUUUUAUCUCGAUUCGCUGUGUCAGCUGGGUGCAACUGGCAGAUCAUACCUCUUGCCAUGUGCAGCAGAAGCCCUUCGAUCUGGGCAAACCUUGCUAGCAGCCAAAUGUGUUCAGCAUGUAAUAGAUAAUCUAAAUGACAGCUUGCUGGAACUAAAGUAUAUUGCAAGCCUCUUCAUAGCUGCAGGUUGUCUGGUCUCAGCACAAUUAGGAAACACGGGAACGGUGGAAGAGGCUAAUGGGCUUUUAGCUCAGGUUAUACGUGUACUUGAAGCAGCUCACAAAGGUGAACAAAAUACCGUGUUUUCGGCCAUUGAACUUGAAUGGCUUUCGCAGAGGAGCUACAACAUCGCUGCUCAAGCAAGCGCGUGCGAUUCCAGGCUAGUGAUACAGUUAUUGGAUCUGUCGAUGCAAUUCACAGACUUGCAGAGGGAGACCAUGACUUGCGAGAAGCAGUCCGGUCUAUGGCAACACUAUCUGCGCUGCGACAGUAUCAAGAUCUUUAGAAUCAUUAGAGAGGCUCGCAAGGAGAUGGAGCCCUUUUUGAAGGCUUGUUUGAUCCUAUUCACCAAGUAUUAUUUUAAAGGUUAA